GCGCGCUCGCCCGUGCGCUCCCGACGCGAAUGUUCCUGUUGUUGCUGCCGCAUCGUAAUCCCGAAAUAGGAUCAAGGAUAACGACGUCGUAAAUUUUUUCGCGUCUACUUCUACCGUGGCGCCGUGCGAGAGUUGAGAAACCGGUCGGGUGCACUCGAAUUUCUUCAUUUUAAAGAGAAUAUAAAUUUCAAAUAAACAGCUUUCUGCAAAAUGGUUUCAUUAGUGGCAAACAUUAGAGUUACCAGCUCUCUUCGUCAUUGGUGCAUUUGUACCACGAGAACAUUGACCACAAGCGCAAUGCCGAGUCCUAAGGACGAGGCGAAAGAGGUGAUCGUUAAUUACUUGGACGGAAAGGACAACGGUAUCGCUGUAUUAGGAUUGAACAGGCCUGCUGCUCGUAAUUCUUUCGGGAAGACCCUGAUCUCUCAAUUGAACGAAGCGCUGGUCUCGAUCAAGCAAAACAACAAGCUACGAGUACUAAUAGUACGCAGCCUAGUCCCAAAAGUAUUUUGCGCUGGGGCGGACCUACGGGAGAGAUUCAAAAUGGACAAUUCUGAGGUGCUGCGAUUCGUGUCUUCUUUACGGAGUCUCAUGACUGACGUAGAGACCCUGCCGACGCCGGUGAUCUCGGCUAUAGACGGUGUAGCAUUAGGCGGAGGACUGGAGCUUGCGUUAGCUAGUGACAUUAGAGUCGCCUCUUCCGAGGCCAAGAUGGGUCUUGUGGAGACGAAACUGGCGAUAAUACCGGGCGCUGGUGGCACGCAGAGACUUCCCAGGAUUGUCGGAGCAGCCAAGGCUAAAGAAUUGAUUUACACCGCGCGGAUUCUUGACGGCGAACAAGCGAUGCAGAUCGGGCUCGUCAACGAGGUGGUUCCGCAAAACAAGGUCGGCGACGCGGCUUACCAAACGGCUCUCUCGAUCGCGAGAGAAAUUUUACCUAAUGGUCCCAUUGGCGUUAGAAUGGCGAAAGUGGCUAUAUCUAAAGGCACAGAGGUAUCUUUUGAAGACGGUAUGGAGAUCGAGGGACAGUGUUACAGUAAACUCGUGGAUACGAAAGACAGAAUUGAAGGACUCGCCGCUUUCGCAGCGAAGCGCGUACCUGUUUAUCAAGGAGCAUAAAGACUCGUGGUGUCAUAAGCAAGGAUUGAUCGAGAAAGUCCAAUGAAUGGAAAGAACAAUGGUAAAUUCCAAUUUUUCCCGAACUUUAUCUAAUAGUAUAAACUGGCAAAAACUAUAAAAAUUACUAAUACGUAAUAUUAAACAAUGUUUAUAUAAUUUUAUACAAAAAGAUAUUUUUACUUUGAUUAGCAAAUUAUACUAAUCAUUAUCAUUUAAAUAAAAAUGAAGAUA